GUCAAUGUGGCCUUUCACCGACGUUGGAGCCAGCGUGUCAUAAAGCUCCGGCGUUCCUUUAAGCUGCACCUCGCCGAAACACUUGUCCCUCACGCUGCAUGUACCACUGUACGGCACAGCUCACUACCAUUUUUGCUUCACUGGGAUAAUUCCCGCCUGCUUGUCUUUGGCGUCUACCAUCUCGAGUCUUGUGUUGCGAGCGUUUGUGUUGGUGCCCAUUUGAUCUCCCCGCGCGCGCUGUUCAGCGUCCCACCUCGAGGACACACCGCAACUCUCGCGCACCUCAACCACACAAUAUGGCGCCUCCAGGACGCCGGCGAAAUAGCCUCUCCCCCGCAGCCACGCUGCUCGGCCUGCUGUUUCUCUUCUCGUCGACCGCCUCGGCUGCCUCGGCCGUCCUGGGCGUCGACCUGGGCACCGAAUACAUCAAGGCCGCCCUCGUCAAGCCCGGCGUUCCCCUCGAGAUCGUCCUCACAAAGGACUCGCGCCGCAAAGAGACGUCUGCUAUCGCCUUCAAGCCCCUCAAGAGCGGCGCGCUUCCCGAGGGCUCGUUCCCCGAACGCUUCUACGGCGCCGACGCCAUUGCCCUCCAGGCGCGCUUCCCCGGCGACGUAUACCCCAACCUGAAGCACCUCCUCGGCGCUUCGAGCGGCAGCGAUGCGGUCAAGACCUACAGCGGCAGAUACCCCGCGAUCGAAAUUGCAGACACAGCGGGACGCAAGACGGUCAGCUUCAAGAGCGGCAUCUUCUCCCAGGACGACGAGAAGAGCUUCUCCGUCGAAGAGGUGCUUGGCAUGGUCUUGAAGAAUGUGCGCGAGAACGCAAAGGCCCUGGCUGGCACGGGCUACGAUGUUCAGGAUGUCGUCUUCACCGUUCCUCCCUUCUACACUGUCGAGGAGAGGCGCGCGCUCGACGUCUCGGCGAAGCUGGCGGGCUUGAAGGUCCUCAGUGUCGUCAGCGAUGGCGUGGCCGUCGGUGUCAACUACGCAACUGGCAGGACGUUUCCCGUCGUCAACGACAAGAAGGACCCCGGCCAGCCUGAGGUCAACCUUGUGUUCGAUAUGGGCGCUGGAUCGGCCUCUGCGACUGUCCUGCAGUUCCAGGGCAGGAGCGUCAAGGACGUUGGCAAGCGCAACAAGACUGUCCAGGAAGUCAAUGUUCUGGGAGCGAGCUGGGACAGGACACUGGGCGGUGAUGCGUUGAACUCGCUCAUCGUGGACGAUAUCGUCGACACUUUCCUUGGGCUCCCGGCUGCGAAGAGCGCUUCCAUCACCGCUGAGCAGGUCCGCAGUCAUGGACGUACCGCUGCGAAGAUGUUCAAGGAGGCGGAGAGGAUCCGUCAAGUUCUUAGCGCCAACCAGGCCACGCAGGCCUCGUUUGAGUCGUUCUUCGAGGACAUUGACUUCAAGUACAAGCUGGACCGCACCAAGUUUGAGCAGCUUACGGCCGACAUCUCCGUCCGCAUUGAUGUCCCCGUCAAGAAGGCUCUCGAACUUGCUGGUCUGACCAUUGCGGACAUCGACUCUGUCAUUGUCCACGGCGGUGCCACUCGUACACCCUUCGUCCAGGCUCGCCUCGAGGCUCUUGCUGGCAAGGAGAAGAUCAGGGCCAACGUCAACUCGGACGAGGCCGCUGUCUUUGGCGCAGCCUUCAAGGCCGCUGGUCUGAGCCCCUCGUUCCGCGUCAAGGAAAUCCGCGACUCGGACACUCAGGGCUACAGCCACAGCAUCGAGUACAAGCACAACCUCCGGACCAAGAACCAGAACAUCUUUACUCCCAGCACCAAGCUCGGCGCUACCAAGGACCUGCCUUUCAACAUGAUGGGCGAGUUCGAGUUCACCGUCCACCAGUCUGUUCCUAGCGCUAGCGGCAAGGAUACCAAGGAGCCUACUCUUCUGUUCAAGAGCCUGAACUUGACUGAGACUGUCACCAAGCUGAUUGACAACGAGGGUUGCGAGCGCGAUUCAUUUAGCAACUACGUCCAGGUCAGGCUCAGCCCUGUCACUGGUACUCCUGAGGUCACGUCUGCAUGGGUUACUUGCGAGGCUACUGAGGCCAAGGCAGGGAUCGUCGAUGGCGUCAAGAACUUGUUCGGUAUGGGUGGCAAGAAGGAUCAGGAGGCACUCAAGGAGAGUGAGAGCUCUUCUGAGUCUGCCUCUUCUGCGUCUGCCUCUUCUGCGUCUGCCUCUUCGUCCACGUCGUCCAAGGGCUCCAAGUCCUCUUCUGCCGCGGCGGCUGAGGCAUCUGACGAUGGAAAGCCUAAGAAGAGGACUGUUAGAUCUGCCAUCACCUUUGAUGUCAAGCAUCUUGGCUACGAGAAGCACGCCCGCAAGGACUUCAAGAAGAUGCAGGAUAGACUCGCCGCCUUCGAUGCCUCUGACAAGGCUCGUCGCGUUCGUGAGGAAGUCCUCAACUCUCUCGAGGCUUACACUUACCGCGCCCGUGACUACUUUGAUGACGACGACUUCACUGCCGUCACGACUAAGGAUGUCCUCACUCAGCUCGAAGACAAGCUCAACGCUGCCUCCGAGUGGGUCUACUCCGAGGGCCCCAACGCUGAUGAGAAGUCCCUCCGCGCCAAGCUCAAGGAGCUUGAGGACAUUGUCAACCCCGUCCUUCGCCGCAGGCGUGAGUCGUGGAAGCGUCCCGGUGCGAUCACUGACCUCGAGGAGACCAUUGCCGGCAUGAAGGAGGUCGAUGCUCUUGUUGUGGACCAGAUGGCUGAGCGUGCCGUCUACAUUACCAAGAGCGCCGAGGCAGCGUCUUCCUCCUCUGCCUCGCCCUCCGCAUCCCCCUCUGUCGACCCACUCGACGAGCUUGAGGAGGAGGACACCGAGUCCGCACCCUCCGCGUCCGCCGCUCCCGAGCUAGAAGAAGUCCCUGAGAUCUACACCGAAGCCGACCGCACCAAGAUCUCCGACGCCACCGAGAAGGCCAAGAAAUGGCUCGAGGAGACGCGCGCCAAGCAGGGCAAGCUCGCCAGCCACGAGGAGCCCAUCCUGACCGUCGAGCAGCUCAAGGCGUACAAGAAGGAACUCGAUGACGUCGUCAUGGAGAUGAUGACGAAGAAAAUGAGGCACUUCAAGCCGCCCAAGCCCAAGGCCUCGUCCAAGCCCAAGGCCAAGAAGCCCGCAAAGGCAAAGAAGAGCAAGACUGACAAGCCCGCCGACACCCACGCCGAGCCCGAGACUGAGGACGUCAAGAACGACGGCCCGAACGCCGAGGCACACGGCGACCGCGGGCCGACGCAGGACGAGCUCAGGGAGGCGCUGAAGAAGGCCGGCGUCGAGUUGGACGAGGACCAGAUGAAGGACUAUGCUGGACAGGCGACGCGCGAUGAGCUGUAGAUGCGCAGCGAUGCAUGGGUUUGAGAUGUUGAUUUGAGCGAAAUAGAUAUGUAACGCAAAAGCAAAAAUGUAUCGUCUUUUGGCA